GAAGUGACGUUUUGAAUCUGCUGAUGGGGACGGGGAGUAGAGUAGAAAUUAUAAAUGUAAAUUGCAUUAAAAUAAUUGGUGAAGUGUUCAAUGUUCAUGACUGCCUGCAUUCAAUGUAACAUGAACUUAUAACAGGCACAUAUUGCCACGGUUUUUAUUUGGUUGGAGUACGAAUACAUAGGAAUAUAAUGGCGACGCAACCAAGUGACAACACUGAAUUUCCUCCAGAAAUUAUUCAGAAGCCGUUGGCAUUAAUCGGUCUCUCCGGAUUAGAUAUUGUAAAUAAUGCAAUUCAUAAAGCAAUAUGGGACGCGUUUUCCAACAACCGCCGCCCUGAUCGUGCCUCUGUUAGAUUUAAAAUACUCAAUAAUACCUUUGAGUUUCCAGUCGUGAAGCCUAAGAGAAAUUCAUAUGAAUGGUACAUACCGAAAGGGAUUUUGAAGAAGAAUUGGAUAAUAAAGCGAAUUUCAUUAAUACCUGCUGUAAUUGUAAUAUUCUAUGACAUGGAGUGGAAUGAUCCACAAUGGAAUGAGAAAAUUAUAGAAUGUGCGUCGAGAGUGCAGUCGAUUCGAGCUGCUGUGGAAGGGCACGCAACUCGGGUUGCUGUAGUGGUUGUACAAAGUGGACUAUCCCCUCCUCCAUCUGAAUACAUGCUGGGAGCAGAGAGGGCGCAGGCUCUAUGUUCUGCAUGUGAAAUACAAUCUAAGUCAUUAUUUGUCCUACCCCACAGUGACCAUCUCAUGGGAUAUAUUAUAAGGUUAGAGAAUGCAUUCUAUGAUAUUGCACAAAAUUAUUAUCAUCAUGAGACAAAAAAUAUUAAACAGCAUAGAGACCAUCUAAAUAAGACAACACACCAAUACUUGUUUGUGCGUCAUCAAUUCAAACUUGGAUUCUUGAAUGAAAUGAAGCAGGACUUCAGUACCGCCAAUAAACAUUACAUGCAUGCAUAUAACAAUUUAUUGGAAACUAGGCAGGUUGACACCAAUAUCCAUGAAAUAAGAACAGUAGCUGGUUAUCUUAAUUACAAAUUGUGCAAAUUAUUAUUUACCUUAAAUCUACCCAGAGAUGCCAUAACUCAGCUCAAGAACCAUAUUGAAAGAUACAAAAGCAGAAUAGGGCCUACUGAGCUCUUAUUUGAACAUUAUGCAUGGAUUGCAAGACAAUACAGUGCCUUUGGAGAGCUAUUUGAUGAGGCAAUCAGAGCUGGUCUCCCUGCCAUACAGACACAACACCCUGGCUUCUACUUUCAGUAUGCAGCUCAAUUUACUGUUAAGAGGCGGCAGGCAAUGAGGUCAGUCUGCUGUGAAGCAUUGCAGUAUCCACCCCCACCAGACCCCAUGGAAGGUAUUGUCGAAUUUUAUGGUCAAAGACCUUGGAGACCUGGGAGGUUAAGUGCUGACCCACAUGAUCCACAAAAAGAACAAGCAGCUGUUCUAGCUCUACAGUACAAUGAAAGAAUAUUCAAUCACUCAGCAAUGAUUAUAAGUUUCUUAGGUUGUGCAAUUUCACAAUUUAAAACAUUCCAUUCGCCUAGGAUGAGGAAGCAGUUGGUUGUGGAAAUGGCCAAUGAAUAUUACUACUGUACUGAUUAUGGGAAGGCUUUAACAUUGCUCACCCAUAUGCUAUGGGAUUAUAGAAGAGAGAAAUGGUGGUUUCUUGCAUCACAUGUGCUAAAUAGAGCAUUACAGUGUGCCUAUCUGUCUGCUAAGAUACAGGAUUAUGUCCAACUCUCAAUUGAAGCACUAUCCAAAUACAUCCUGGUACCAAAUAAUGACAGGGACAGGAUUUAUAGAAACAUAAUGUCUGUCUUAAAUUUGAACAUUCCCUCCCCAGAGCCCGAUCUCCCAGCUCCUUCUCAAAGCAAAGCUUUAGAAAUGUGGCAGAGUGUAAUAGAAAAAGAGCCUCUUACAAUAACUAUUGAUAUGGCAAAUAUUUCCAGCUUUAUAGAAGUCAAAACAAAAUUCCAACAACCAAAGUACAGAAUGGAUGAAUUGGUUGAAGUUGAAAUCUUUGUGAGAUUAACUUAUAAUGUCACUCUUCAAAUAAGAGAAGCUUAUCUAACAAUCUCCAGCAAUACAGAAACAAUUGAAAUACCAGUCACUAAGGAAGGCAUAGUAAACUUUGAGCUUGCAGAAGGUAAAGUUCAUAAAUUUUUGUGCCAAUUUAAAUCAAACCCACAAGAUAGCGGUUCAGAAUUACAUAUUAAAAAUGUCUCAUUCAUUUUGGAUUCAGAUAGAAAGAGAAGGAUCAUUAUGAACUUUAAAAUAGAAGAGAAUAAAGCAACAACAUUUGUGCAUCCAGAACUGUUACAUUUCAUUCUAAGCCCAAAAACUGAUUAUGAAUUUGACUGCAUUGUGCCCUUAACAUCAGCUUCUAUAGUAUCAAGAGAGUGUAGACUCUCAAUGGGUGUUUUGAAUAAUGUGCCUGCUCUGCAAGGAGAAUGGUUUCCCACAACUUUCACAAUCACUAAUGAUGAAGAGUGUGCAGUGUCUGACAUGACAAUUACACUCAAUCUUCUAAGCUCACCAGAUAACCCUAACCCUGAAUCUGUAACAGAUCUUAGUCUCAGAAGAGGGGAACCUCAAACACAGCCCUUAAAAAUGCAAGUUGGCAAUGUUGACAAGUCUAGCAGUUUCUCUAGUACAUUUUACAUCAAAACCAAUAAAACUGCAACCACAACAGUUCAAAUUAAAGUGUCAUACUUCAUCAAUCUCAAUGAAACUCCAAGAUUAGAAUGUGUUAAAGACUUUACAACCAAAAUAUCAGUAAUAAAGCCCUUUGAAGUUACUGCUAAUUUCUUAGAUUUAAAUUUCAAACCAAUAACAAAAUGCUUUGUAGAUGAUGCUUUCAUAGUUAUGCCUCAAAUAAAGAUUUUAAGUCCUUGGGCUUUGCAAAUACUAGACACAGAAUUGGAAACAGUAGAGUCAUUUAGGCAUUGUGAUGAGGAAUCAGUAUCAUGUAUUAAAAACCUAGAAGUAGCUGAGAAAGAUGUAGCAUCCGAUGCUGUUUGUAUACAAGCUGUACAUAAACCUAAAGAUCCACCAAUUAGAAUUGGUUUGUACAAUAUCAAAUGGAAAAGAAAAAGUGACACAGAUGCUCCCUGUGUCAUGAGUAGCACUGCACUACCUGGCUUGCAAAUAGAUGAUUGCCCAAUAUCUGUGGAGGUUAGCUAUCCAGAAACAGUGCAAUUGCAAACUAGUGUGCCUUUGAAAUGCAUUUUGAUUGGAAAUACAAAUGUACCAGUCCGAUUGAGCCUUGCAGUGGAGGGAACAGACUCGUACAUGUUUUCUGGAUACAAAAAAUUCACCAUUACAGUUCCACCUAAAGAAAAAGUUGAAUUGUGCUACAAUAUUCAUCCUCUUGUAGCUGGAAAUACAACUCCGCCUAGAUUAAAAGCCACUUUACUUGGAGACACUUCCAGACAAGAAGUUGUUAAAGAAAUGUUUGAAAAGAAUUUUCCACAAACCAUAUUUGUUAUGCCUAAGUACAAUAAGUGAAUUGUAUUGUUAUAUAGAUAUUCAGAUUUAUUGAGAUUUGUAAAUAGUGUUUGAACAAAUUAUGUAAUUAUAUUGUAGUUACCUUGUAAUUAUUAUAAUAAAAUAAAGUCAG